AUGGGGGCCUUUGACGAAGAUGAUGACAGGUCCCAGGACGACUUCGAUAAUGAUAAUGAUAACGACAAUGACGAGACAAUGCAGGAUCUCGACGAAGGCGAUCCCGACAACGAUGGCGAGGGAGAAGGCGAUCAAGAUGGUGACGGUGACUUAGAAGCCGACGCGGAUGAUGGUGAAGGCGAGGAUGAGGGCGAAGGGGACGGCGAGGGAGAUGGCGACGGCGACGACGACGAUGAAGCAGGAAGCCAGUCUGGUGGUAGUCAAAAAUCAGAUAACGAAGAAGCACCGGGGGAACCGUCCGCCACACAAGAGGGGCAACAGUCCUCUGCUAUGCAGCCUGAUGAGGCUCGCGAAGCUGCGGCUCGCGCCAAAAUAUCACCAGAAUACCUCGACGCUUCAACUUACGAUAUCGUUCCCACAAUAGCUGCUCCACAGAGCACUUCGAUCAACGCUGUUUGCGCCACAGGCGACAUGCGAUGGGUGUUCAGUGGAGGCUCUGACGGAUAUAUUCGAAAGUUCAAUUGGGUCGACACGGUCAACAAUAAACUAGCCCUUACAGUAGCCCAGCGGCAUCCAUUUGUUGACAGUGUCGUCAAAGCAGGAGUGCUUAUGUCAUAUUGGGAAAACUGGGACGCCAGACCUCAAACGACUCAGAAUAUAUCGCCGGUGUACUCACUAGCUUGCCACAGUCAGGGUCUGUGGUUGCUUUCUGGCACGGCUUCAGGUCCCAUCCGAUUACAGUCGAUCAGACACGACGAGGGCAGAGAGAUUGCGCUUCUCAAAAAGCACACGUCUGCUGUCUCUGUUCUGACACUAUCUUCUGAUGAGCGGAGUUUACUUUCCGGCAGUUGGGAUAAGACUGUACUUGAUUGGGACUUGGAAACGGGGCAAGUACGAACGACCUUUGCAGCGAGUGCUAGUCAAAUCUCAGCAAUUGAAUCACGCCCUAUGUCUUCGGUGCCGGUUCCUCCAGAAUCAGGCGAAGUCAUCGUCCCGAAUGGAACAUUUUCUUCCACAGACGUCAAGACUAAUGGUAUCAAAAGCGAACAGCUUCCCAAUCAAACGACCCAAGAGCAACCAAGCGUUGCCACACCAGACUCGUUGUUCGGUGACGGUGAUGACGACCUCUUUGGCGACGGUGGGACGGCUGUGAUGGGAAAUGGCGGUGAUUUAACCGACGCUUUCGUUGAUGCAGAUGACGAGAUGAGUCGUGCCUUGGCAAAUGAAUCGCGACCAGAAGAACUGAUCGACCAUGAAAUGCAAGAUGCCAUGGAGUCAACUGGCGAAUCAUCGACAGUACCACAGCUGAUCGCAGAUCUUGAUGAUAAUUCUAAAAUCAUGACCAACGGCGGUCCGAACACUCAUGAACAGCCUCUUGCGAAUGGCCUGCCGCAUACGGAUGACAUGGAGAAGCAGCCUGAUGAGCAAGCAUUUGCAGAAGACGCCGACGCACCUCCCACCUCAGAUUCGACAUUCCUAGCCACAUCUAUUGACGGUGCCAUUCGUGUCUGGGAUCGCAGACAACCGAAACCAGUUGCACGAGUGCUUCCAAGGAAUACACCUCCUUGGUGUCUGAGUGCCUGUUGGUCAGUUGAUGGCAACUGCAUCUACGCGGGUCGCCGCAACAAUACUGUGGAAGAAUAUGAUCUACGGAAAGGAUUGAAAACAUCAGAGCGGGUGUUUCGAUUUCCCAAUGGCAGUGGAGCAGUUACAUCAGUUAAGGCUAUGCCGAACGGACGCCAUCUCAUCUGCGCUUCACACGAUAUUCUUCGAUUGUACGACCUGAAAGAAUCUCAGGGGCAGCGAUCAGCUGUUCCUUUCUUAAUUGUCCCCGGGCACCGAACGGGCACAGUAUCCCAUCUCUAUCUUGACCCAGCGUGUCGUUUCAUGCUCUCAGCCGGUGGUAACCGAGGCUGGGAAGGAGCAUCGACCGAAGUCCUGCUUGGAUAUGAGAUUGCAGUGCCUAAAACAUGA